AUGCCAGACCUAUUGGACCUGGAUAAACCUUUGAUUGACCAUUAUAGGGUUGCCUCACAUGAUAAUUUAUGGUAUUUGGUUAAGAGUACCAUGGAAGCUCCCCCGGUGAAGUACAACAAAGCCUCGCUAGUUGAAAUCUUUGACGAUAUCUCUACUGAAAAGCAGAGCGACAAAGAUAUUGUGACAUUCGAUGAUGAAAUGUCGAAGCUGAAGGACAAGCUAAUGGAAGAGGAAUCAUUUCAGGAUUUCGUCAUUAGAAGGCAUGAUGCAAAGGAUGCCCUAAAAGAGGAGAACCCUGAUAUGUUUUCGGUUACCCAAUAUCUAGCAGACGCGAAAUUAUGGUUAGAUGAUGUUGGGAAAGUUCCACAUAGUUGGAGUUUGUUGAAGGUGAAACUGGUAACUUUGAUUAAAGACGACACUGAAGCGGAUUUCUUGGUCCAAAAGGUGUUAUAA